CUUAAAAAAACGCUGGAGCACCCACACGCCUCCUCCAAACAGUAUUGGAUGUCCAAAGGAAUCCAGUCAGCCCCCUUGAAAGUACAUAUUUGACAGGGCAGAGUCAGGCAGAGCCCGCACUCCAGCUUAGCCCUCAGUAAGGCACAGACGCCCCAGCCCCAUUCCCACUCUCUCCUUUUGGAAGUUUACUUGGUGCUGCCGAACAGCAAUAAGCAGCCAUGGAUGCCAUCAAGAAGAAGAUGCAGAUGCUCAAGCUCGACAAGGAGAAUGCCUUGGACAGAGCAGAGCAAGCUGAGUCAGACAAGAAAGCAGCAGAGGACAGAAGCAAACAGCUUGAAGACGAUUUGGUGGCUCUGCAGAAGAAGCUGAAAGGAACUGAGGAUGAGCUGGACAAGUACUCCGAGGCUCUUAAAGAUGCUCAGGAGAAACUUGAGCUGGCCGAGAAGAAAGCCACCGAUGCUGAGGGAGAAGUCGCUUCUCUUAACAGACGUAUCCAGCUGGUUGAGGAGGAGUUGGAUCGUGCUCAGGAGCGUCUGGCCACCGCCUUGACCAAGCUGGAGGAGGCUGAGAAGGCUGCUGAUGAGAGUGAGAGAGGCAUGAAGGUCAUUGAGAACAGGGCCAUGAAGGAUGAGGAGAAGAUGGAGCUGCAGGAGAUCCAGCUAAAAGAGGCCAAAAACAUCGCUGAGGAGGCUGAUCGCAAAUAUGAGGAGGUGGCUCGUAAACUGGUCAUCAUUGAGGGUGACCUGGAGCGUACAGAGGAGCGUGCUGAGCUAUCAGAAGGGCGUGCUCGAAGAGUGGAGGAGGAACUAAGCAUUUUGGAGCAAAGCCUGAAAUCACUAAACUCCUUAGUCACACAGUACUCACUGAAGGAGGACAAGUAUGAGGAGGAGAUCAAGGUCCUCACUGACAAGCUGAAGGAGGCUGAGACUCGUGCUGAGUUCGCUGAGAGAUCAGUAGCCAAGCUUGAGAAGACCAUUGAUGACUUGGAGGAUGAGUUGUAUGCCCAGAAACUGAAGUACAAGGCCAUCAGCGAGGAGCUGGACCACGCCCUCAACGACAUGACUUCCAUGUAAUUUUCAUCUUCCUGCACCCGCUUGUUUCGCCGGCAUCUUCCUCUCCCCUGCACCAUUCUUCCCCAUUAUUAUCCCCAUACCUCCCUUGGGUUCAUUAUAUAUUCUUGUGCCCAGUAGACCCAUUUUUAUCAUUUUAUUUUUACUAUGUUUGAUGUCUUAAAACAGACAUUUCUGUAUUUUAUGUCUGUGUAACUGAAGUCUCCUUGCAGUAAUUUCAUAUCGUCAUUUGUGUGGUUAUGCAAAUACGGAGUGCCAGUUGAAUCUGUAUCAUUAGUGUUUAAGAAAACUCAAGUAAUGUGCAUGAACAGGAAUAUGCAUGGGUUUCACUUUUAAGAAGUAAUCAUUGUUCCAUUUGGGACUUCAUGCAUUUUCAUGGAUGUUUAAUUUUUGAAAUCUUGGAAAAAAAAUAUUUUCACCUGAUAUCUGACAUCCUAAUGAAAGCAUGCAAGUUGUUUAUUGAAAUGUCAGGUAUUGUAUUGAGGAGGCAUUUCAAUGAGUCUGAUUCACUCACUGUAAAUCCAGGUUUAAUGUUCUUUCACCUUUGCUCCUCUACUAAUAUGGUCUACUUCUGUCCAGAAGAGAGGCCCUAUGUAUGUUCAUGAGAUCCUCCUUUGUGUCUUUAUACCAGCUGAAGGUUAGUUUUCAUGCUGUAGUUUAGCAUCACUUCUUAAUUAUUUCCCUUCCACAUUUGGUCAUCCUGUGGGAGAUUAAGGAGGAGCACCACAUCUGUUUGUUAGUCUACAUUUGAACUGGAGGAGUUGCCCCAACUUCUAGUUUUUGUUUCCAAGUGUGUUCAGAAUGCACAGUUCAUUGUGCAUUGUGCAUCUAUGGUGUGUUGGCGUGACUCCUGUCGUUCUGGUGUGUUGUGGUACUCAUCUCGUAUUUCCAUAGGCCCCCGACUGACCCCCCCGGUUCACUGUACUUCUUCUUCUUCCACACAGAUAAAUUGUUUACACCUCAUCAAAGACGCCUCCUGCCGGCUGAGCAGCAUCUGUCUGCUCUCUCCAACCUUCUCUCCAUUUUCCCUUCCUUCUCUGUCUUUGCUUUUCUGUCUUCCUUAUGUUUUCAAGUCACUUGCAUCCCAUCCUUUGUACAGAAUCCUAGAAUCUUUCUGCAUUGUAUAAAGAAUAAACAUCCUUCGUUCUA